AUGGAUGCGCAGAAUGCUGCCGGGUCCGACAAGCCGAAGCCCGUCGCUGCGGCGGAGAAGCGACCGGGCAAUCAUCAACCUGACGAGUCUCACGAGUCCAACAGCGAACCGACCAAGGACCUGGACGAUUCCAUCAAAUCCCCGCCUCAUCUGCCCAAAGACAUCAAGCCUAGCGUAAUCGUAUUCCGCGCCCCUCCUGUAGCCGACGACGCUCCUGUCGACCGAGACUCUGAUGCCGAGACCAUCGUACUGCCUGGUAAGGAUGGCCACUCACCCUCCAAGGUGAGGAAGGUCAAGCACGAGGACCGCAGCGAUGGAGAGCCCCCGGUUCUCCCAGUCCCCCUGCUCCCCCGGAAAAAUCGUGAUGCGAGUGCUAGCAGAGACGGCGACAAGGAAAAGACGGCCAAUCCUGCCCGUCUGUCCGAAACGGCCUCCUCGCUCGGCUUGAAGAAGAAGCGCCUCCACGAUCAAUCCGCCAGGAGUAAAGAUGGUUCCAGCGGCCUCAGCUCGGCUCCUGCGUCCCCUCCCCACCGCAGGCGUCGAUCUGGUGGGCACUCCGAUUCCGAUACGGGUGCUGACCGUAGGAAAUCCCCCAAGCUGUCCCUGAAAGACCGGGCAAAGUCCAUCGAUAGGAUUCCCCACAAACGCAAAGCUUCCAGGGCAGACUCGGAUGAUGAGGCGGAAAAUCGAAAGGUCCGAAGGCAACGAAUCUCGGAUAACAACAACACCAUCGAAGCUCGAGCUCGUCUGCCCAAGGAACCAAAGUCUUCGUCUUCGUCUAGGAGAGAACACGACGGCCACUCAGGAUCACGCACCAGAUCCGUCUCUCCACACCACCCACGUGCCCACAGGCGGAGCGUCUCGACCCAACUUCCCGCAAACUCGUCUAAUGGCCUGAGCUACAAGAAGAAACGCCUCCCUCCCCCGCUGCAAUCUACAGACUAUCACUCGGAUGAAUCCUCUGCCAGCGGCAGCCCUCAUCCUCGGAGCUCCAAGCUGCGAAACCUCUCCACCCCCGCAACCGCUGAGUCAAAUAUGUCGCCGGCCAAGAUUGCACCACACAAGAAACAUCUCGACGCCCACGGCCAAACCUUCCUCGCCAGGGCAUGUGCCCGAGGCGAAUACGACCUGGCCAAGCAAAGACUAGGAGAGCGACCCGAGGAUCUCAAUGUGGCCGACUAUGCUGGCAACACGCCACUUCAGAUUGCCGCGAUUAACGGAUACGAGGACAUCGUCAAGCUUCUCAUCGACGCGGGCUGCAACCUGGAUUGUGUCAACUAUGACAAAGACACACCAUUGUUAGACGCUGUCGACAACGGUCACUUGGGAGUGGUCAAGCUAUUGCUGAAUGCGGGGGUAAAUCCAAGGAAAGCCAACUUGAGCGGAGAGGAGCCCUUGGAUCGAGUUAGCGACGACUUGGAUAAUGCGGAAGAUUUCCGAGCCGCAUUGGUUGAAGCCAAGUCACGGCAGGGAGAACGCAGACGUACAUCCGAAGACCAUCACCCUGCCGACCAAUUCGAUAGCAGGUCAUCUCAUGGCCCAGACAGCCCACGACGGUCACCUGCGCCGUCUGCGUCUAAUGCUAGCGGUCGACGAGCCGGCACGGUCAGGGCAAACAAGACAAGCAAUCAUCUCUUGUACAUGUCACUCGACGACAAGACGUUACGACAAGCCGCGGGAAAAGGCGACGAGGAGACUGUCACGCGAAUUUUGCAGGUUAAGGACGGUUGCGAUGACUCGGAAGCCAUGGUUGCUGCUGCUCGUGGUGGGCACGAAGUCGUGAUCCAACUGCUGCUGGCUCUUGGUGGAGCGAAUCCAGAUCCUGCACCUGUCUCGAGCAUGCCACCCGAAUUUGCCACACCGAUGUUGGCGGCGAUUGGCCAGGAAAAUAUCAAGGUCGUCAGACUACUCUUGGAUCAGGGAAACUUUGAUCCGACUCGCCGAUUCAAAGGCGAGACCUACCACGAAAUUGCCCGCCGUCGACAGGGAACGAACUGGAAAGAUGAGGAGCACAUGCUCAAGGAGUCUUACGAUGCGUACAGGAAGUCGCACCGCGAUAUCUCAAAGACGAAAUCUCCUGGUAGACGCGAGCGAGAGAAGGAACGCGAGAGAGAUCGCGACAGGGAGCAGGACCGUGAGAUGAAGCGCCAAGGUCGAAACGAACUCAAGGACGAAGCGCGUGCGCACAAGCGUAACCUCUCUAGCCCAUCCCGUGACCCGGAGAAAAGGAAGAAACUUUCUUCUGGACGAGCCAUCACGAGUCCCAAGGAGAAACGUAGGGCAGAUUCAUUUCACGAAGAUCAAAUUUCACCGAAGCGUGGUCCCGGCAGGCCGCGUAAAGAAGAGCGAGUACCUACGAUCGCUGUUUCAGACCGAGAGGCCUCACCGGCUCUUUCACAGAAGCAGGCCGCCAAAGCAGCGAAACGAGCCGAGUCUGAUGUUGCCGCAAUGUCGUCUGAAGGGGAAGCUGCAAAGCCGCGCCGAAAGCUCGUUUCCAAGGGGGAGCUCCGUGGCGAGAGGGAGAAGAACCGACGAGCGAGCAUGGUAUCUACAACUUCAUCACUGAAAGAUCCUUCGAGCCCCCGCGACCCAAAACUUGACGACCAUUCCGAAAAGCCGAAGGGCGAGCCGCUGUCAGAGAAGUACCACGAUCGCACGAAAGCUCUCAAGAGAGACGAGUCUCGGGAUCGGCUAUCGGUGUCUGGCGACAAUUCGUCCAAGCGUCACCGUUCUAGUGUCACGCCACCACACUCGAGCACGGGAGACAAGGAUGAAGGCGAGGCACCUGUGAAGCGUAGGCGGCUCGACGUUGAAGGCAAGGAGCGACGGCCUAAAUCGACUGCUUCACCCGACGAUCCUCACAGGACACCUCGUGAUGGCCCGCCUCGAUCAAAGUCGAGCUUGAGAGACCAAGAUGACAACGAUCGGAGACCGACCAAGCCCAAGGCUGAUGCUGAUGGCCACAGACGGGAAUCCGGGAAAUCAAGCAACAGUGACAAAUCUAGCAUCCACGUUAAAUCUGAGGACUUUGAUAUCGAGAUGCCGGAUGCGUCGGAUGUCAAGGACACAGUGGAAGCGGAACCACGCGUCAAGAAGGAGCGCGACGAUGAGAAGCGACGUCUUGAAGAGAAGGAGAGGCGAAGGGAAGAGAAGCGUCAAGAAGAGCGGAAGCGCCGUGAAGCUGAGGCCGAAGAAACCCGCAAAAAGGAGGAGGCUCGUCAACGCGAACGCGAGGCCGAAGAGAAGAAGCGGGAGGCCGAGCAGAAGAAACGCGAAGCUGAGCAGAAACAGCGUGAGCGCGAGGCUGAAGAGAAACGCUUAAAGGAGGAGGAAGAAGCCAGACAGCGUGAGGAGCAGGAACGCAAGCGCAAGGCCGAACUCGAAAAGAAACGCCAGGAGGAAGAAGAACGGCAGCGGCGCGAGGCCGAAGAGAAGAAGCAACGCGAGCGCGAAGAAGAGGAACGAAGGUUCCGCGAGGAGGAGGAGAAGAAGCGGCGCGAAGAGGAAGAAACCAAGAGGAAGGAAGAGGAGGCUCGCAAGCAGCGAGAGGAAAAGGAGAGGCUCCGCAAGGAACGUAUCGAGCGAGAAGCUGCCGAGGAGGCCAAGCGAGUUCGCGAGGAGGAGGAACGACAAGAGCGUGAGCGCAAGGAGCGACUUGAGCGCGAGGAGAUGGAGCGCAAGCAAGCUGCUAAAGAGGCCGAGCAGCGUCGUAUCCUCGAGGAGCAAGAACGCAUGCGCGUGGCGAAAUUGCCUCCUCUGUUGCGCUGGCUAGACGGUUGCCCGAACCCCAAAACCUCGGAAUACGCGGCUAAGUUCAAGCAUAUGCAAGGCGUGCGGUUCGACACCAUUCACCCACAAGCAAACGGCACGGCAGACGGCAGAGAACAAUGGGUGCUAAACACACAUAUCGCGCUACUCCUCGGAGAGAAGGACCUUUCCUUGUCAAGAUAUACGGCUUGGGAACAUGUCCCCGUGUCCGACGUCGCUAAAAAGGUCAUCUGGAGACUUGAGUCGGAUUGGUAUGCCUUGCUCAAGGAGAACUUCUACGAGCUCGGAGCUGGCCUGCCAGAUUAUUACGGAGAAGGCGAGGAUCCCUUCAGGAUGAGCUUUCGCUUGAAGGAGAAGCUCCGUGUUGAGGCCCGUGAGAAGUUCCUGAAGAUGGACAUGUUCUUUGUCAAGGUGUCGGACUUGAUGUCGAUUGCUCCAGACGUUCCUCAUCUCCGGGAUCUCAAGAUGAGCGUAGAGUAUCGCGAAAUCCCAGACAACGAAGGCCAACUCUACGGAUGGCAAGUUCCGCAGAAGUGGAAACAAGAUCCCGACGCUGAUCGGUUCUUUGGAUUCGCGCCAAGGAACAAAUAUUAUGUCAACGGUGUCAUGGUCGAGGAACAGAUGCCUGGACUUUCUGCUACAAGCAGCACACCCUUUCCCGAGAAGCGGGCCCCUCGAAAGGGAUUGCAACAGGUUUUCCCUGGCGACCCCGACUAUGCCCGCGUAUGCAAAGAACAAGGGCUUGAUUUCCUUCUGAACGGCACAAAAACGCCGACGAUGCCCAACGGCGGACAUUUGUCGCCGCGGAGCCAGUCGAAUGUCACAGAAGCAAUGGCUGAGCCCGUCAAUGAUACCCAGCCGGCAGCCUCCGCUACUGCGCCAGUGUUGCCCGAGCCGAGACUUGUUCCCAAUGGCGUGAACGGCAUAUCAGCCCCAAGCACCAACUGA